AUGCCGUCACACCAUCGGGGCAAAGGCACAGCCGCCAAACCUCACAGAGUUGCGAGACAGUCCAAGGGCAAGGAGAGAGACAGGACGAGCUACAACACCGAUUCGCAAGGCUCACUCUUGCCCCAAAGAGACGAUCAAGAUGGUACGACACAUAGUCUAGAGACAAGACCCAACUCAUGCAAAGGCAUCGCAGGAGAAGAGGAAGACGAUCAUGCAAUCAGACGGCCAGCCUUUCCCAUCGCCAUGUGGGACUUUGAUCAUUGUGAUCCUCGAAAGUGCUCUGGCAAGAAGCUCGCUCGACUAGGCCUGAUGCGCGAGCUCAGACUCGGCCAAAGAUUCCACGGCAUCGUCAUGAGUCCCAAGGGCACUCGACCUGUAUCACCUGCAGAUAGAGAUAUCGUGAUCGAGUCUGGCGUCGCUGUCGUCGAGUGCUCCUGGGCACGCCUCGAUGAGAUACCGUUUGGCAAGAUCAGGUCGCCUCAUGAGCGCUUAUUGCCGUAUCUGAUCGCCGCUAAUCCUGUCAAUUAUGGCAAGCCUUUCAAAUUGACCUGCCUCGAGGCGAUAGCGGCAGCGCUGUACAUUGUCGACUGUGUAGACGAAGCCGAGCUCUUGUUGAGCAAGUUCAGCUGGGGCCAUUCGUUCUUCGAGAUCAAUGGUCCGCUACUGCUACGAUACAAGACAUGUCGUUCGGCAGACGAGAUCAGUGCCAUGCAAGAGAAUAUCACGAGCGAGAUAGAAGCAGAGGCAGCGCAGCGAAAGUCAGAAAACGGUCAAGUCGGGCUAGAGGACGAUCUGCUCGUUGCGAACCCUAAUCAUGCUGCUUCGGCAUGGCGACCACAUCGCGAGCUCGAUCUCGACUCUAGCGAUUCAGAUCAGUCGGAUAGCCGUGAAGAACCCCAAAGCAUGGAACAACUUCAUCCAGAAGAAACUGUGGACACGCUCGGGAACACGCGCAGAGCUAGCAAGGGCCCGGGAGACAGCGGCUGGGCCCCUCACCAUUCUGUGACGCUCACAUUGACUGUCAUUACGCUCAGCAAGACUUCAAGACCAGUCUACAUUGGCAAGAUGAGUGCAGACGGCGCCAACGUCAACAAGUCGACUCAGACAUUCACGACCGCGCUCGUACUCAAUGCGGCCGUCGCAGCAGUCGAAAUCGGCAUCUUUGCCGUCAUCCAUGCUCGCUUCAAGAAGAUCUAUCGUCCUCGAACGUACUUGCCCCUGCCGUCCAAGCGAACGACGACAACUUUGGCCGACAGUCCCAUAGGAUGGAUCAUGGCCGUCAUCAAGGCAGAUCCCAAGCAGAUCAUUCAUCAUAACGGGCUCGACGCGUACAUGUUCGUGCGCUUCCUGCGCAUGAUGCUCUGGAUCUUCGUACCCGCCUGGAUUCUCACCUGGGUCAUCCUCUUGCCCGUCAAUGCUGCCAACUCGGGCGGCACCCAGCAAGGCAUCAACAAGCUCACCUUUGGCAAUAUCGGCCUUGGUGCGCAAAACCGAUACGCUGCUCAUUUGAUCAUUCUCUAUAUCAUUACCUUCUGGAUCUUCUAUCUGAUCAAACAAGAGCUCGCUGCCUUUAUCCCCCUGCGCCAAGAAUUCCUUACAUCUGCAGAUCACAAGCGAUUGGCCAUGUCGCGCACCGUUCUGCUUACCGGCAUUCCCAAUGAGAUGCUCACCGUCGAGAAGCUCACUCAAGUCUGUAGCUACCUGCCCGGCGGCGUCAAGCAGAUCUGGAUCAAUCGCGAUCUCAAGGAACUGCCGGAUUUCUAUGAUCGUCGUCAGAAAGCCUGCCAGAAGCUCGAAGCGGCAGAGACGAAGCUCUGUAAGCUUGCUGUGCAGAACAAGACGAAGCAGGAGAAGAAAGCAGCAAAGGCUGCCAAGAAGUCUGGCGAGCCUGCACCCUCGAAUGGCUCCGAAUCUCACCCGAUGACCAACAUGAACGCUGAUGUGGAAGCGGACGCAUCGAUGGCCGCCAAAUACGUCGAGCAGAAGCAGAGACCGACGUGCCGACCUAAUUCGAAAAUCCCUUGCUUCGGCGAGAAGAAAGACACCAUCGAAUGGGCCCGCGAAGAAAUUGAGCUCUGUGAACGCGAACUCAGCGAGCGUCGUCCGCAUUGGGAUGACUUCACGCCGAAAUCGUCGGCAUUCAUCCAGUUCAACUCGCAGAUGGCAGCUCAUUUCUUCGCCCAAUGCUUGGCUCACGAACUGCCGUUGCGUAUGGCGGGACGUCACAUCGAAGUCGACCGCGAAGAUGUCAUCUGGUCCACACUCAACAUGAAUCCAUACGAGCAGAAGAUCCGCUACGUUCUCUCGUGGACGAUGACGAUCGGUCUCAUCAUCCUCUGGGCUAUCCCCGUUGCUUUCGUAUCUGCCAUCUCAAAUGUCAGCCAGCUCUGUCAGAAGGCAUCCUGGCUCAGUUGGCUUUGCUCGCUGCCCGUCCCUAUCAAUGGCAUUAUUCAAGGCAUCCUUCCACCAGUAGCUUUGGCUGUUCUGUUCAUGCUGCUGCCGAUCGUCCUGCGAUUCUUUGCCAUCUUCGAAGGCAUUCCCCUCCACUCGCUCGUUGAGGUAUCUCUCAUGAAGCGCUACUUCAUGUUCCUUGUCAUCCACGGUUUCCUCGUCGUCACAGUUGCGUCUGGCUUGAUCAACGCACUGCCGUCUCUCGGCAGCAAUCCCGGCGGUGUCGUGUCUCUGCUUGCCAAUAAGCUCCCCGGCGCCAGCGUCUUCUUCUUGACUUAUAUCGUCACUACAACGCUCUCUGGCGCAGCAGGCGCGCUAUUGCAGAUCGUUCCCUUGAUCCUCUACUAUGUCAAGGUCAAGUUCCUCGCCUCGACCCCGCGCAGCGUCUACGGUCUGCAAUACUCGAUGGGCAGCGUUCAGUUCGGCACGCUUUGGCCAAAUCAAUCGCUCCUCAUGGUCAUCGCGCUCGCCUACUCGAUCAUCGCUCCCCUCGUUAAUGGCUUUAUAUCCCUCGGUUUCGCGUUCACCUGGUUUGUCUUCAAGUACCUAUUCAUCUGGGUUUACGACAUGCCGAACCACAUGGAGACGGGCGGCCGCUACUUCCCUCUCGCUAUCCAUCACAUCUUCGUUGGCCUUUACAUCGAAGAGCUCUGCCUUACAGGCUUGUGGUUCCUAGCACGCAAUGACACUGGCGGCGUGUCUGCAAUUCCGGAAGCAAUCUUUGCAAUCAUCCUAAUCGUCAUCACUGUUCUAUAUCACACUAUCCUCUUCUCAGGCUAUGGCCCGCUCAUCAAUUACCUGCCGCUCUCCCUAGGUGGCUCGAUCGAAGAGACCGAGAAGCUCAUCGCUUCAGAGACCCAACAAGGCUAUUCGAGCGAUACCUCGGGCAAGGCCACCGAUUCCAAGCCUUCCGCAUUCUCAAACGUCAAUGGCGAUAAUAAGACAACACCGUUGCACGCCGGAGCGGAGAAGCGAAAUGGCUCGAUCAAGGCAGACUCCUACAAGAGCGAUGCCGACGAAGAGACUACUCGAGCAUUCGAUCACCCUGCUGCUUGGGUCAGACAGACACCGCUCUGGAUUCCUAAUGACACUCUUGGCAUCGGCAAAGCGGAGAUCGCUGCUGCAAACAAGCUCGGUAUCGCCGCUUCAAGCGAAGGCGCUACGAUGGAUGCCAAUGGCAAGUGUCACGUCUCUCGUUCGCCUCCCGGCGAGACUUGGGAAGAAGUCGAGGAGCAGAAGCAGCCCGAGAAGGUUCCUAAUCGAUCAUGA